CAUCUAUCAACCGGUUAUUAACAGUAAUGAUCUGAGUUGUUAUGAAUCUGUCUUUGCGCAGUUAAACAUAUUUCCGGAAGAAGCAUCAAAACGCUGGUAUAAAACACUGCUCACUUUAUGCUAUAUCAGUGUCAGAUAUGUCAGAGUUUUGGCGCGCCUAUACGUAACUGGGAGGACAUCAGAGUUUACAUCGGUGGUAUGAGGAAAGGUAGUCAACUGUGAUUAAGACUACAGGGAAUCGAUUACUGGUGGAUGAACAAGACUCAACUCAUUGUUUGGAUGGCGAGCAGCACGCACGUUUUCCAGAUCUCUGGGAUCAAGGUCCGUGAGAAGAAGAGAGUUUUGGUCCAGAGCAUCCAGCAGCUGGGGGGAACAUACAUAGGUGGCUCAGUCUAUCAGCACGCCAGCACCCAUCUCAUAAUCCCUCAGGUUUUGUCCAGCGAGAAGUUUUUGGCAGCCUGUGCUGCAGGAAAGUGGGUUGUGACUCCAGAAUAUGUGCUGGACAGUGUUAAGAAUGGCUCCUGGCUCCCAGAGGGACCCUACGAAGUUGCCAUUUCCACAGGAGCCACGUCCUCUUUCUACCCGGUCAGGCAGUGGAGGGAGAAGGUGGCCAGUGGGAGACUAGCGGGGGCCUUCCAGGGCUGGAGGGUCCUCCUCAUGGUCCAAGAGCCCACACGCAGGGCCAUGUUCAAGCGGCUCCUAAAAGCAGGCAGGGCCAAAGUAUACCAUAGCCCUCCUCCAUCUCACGCCUCUGUCACUCAUGUCAUGGCUAAACCCUUCACAGAGGACUCAAAAUCCCACAGUGCUCCUUGCUACCCUGUUAGCCACAUUGUCCAGCAUCUCUUUGGGAGCAAUUUUGUGGAUAUGUUUGAGAUAACGGCUGAUCAUCCAGCAAAGCUGAAGAAGGACAGCAUCGUUGAUGUGGACCUUUCUAAGCUGGAGACGGAGCUCAGGGACUAUGUCAUCAAACAGGAGGGCGGGCCGAGACUGCGCUUCCUUGAAUUCAUGGGUUACCAUGACCCAUACCGUCCACAGUCCCAGGCUACAGAAACAGACUUCAGUAAUGUUGGUACUAUGAUAGAGUGUGGUCUCUUCAUUGAAGCCCUGGACUCAAUCAGAAGUGCUGUGUACCCAGGCCUGCUGCCACCGGCGUCAUACCUGGUCUCCCUCUUAGAGUACGCACAGCAGGGUAAUGCCACAUCUGUCUUCCUGAGGAAUUUCCAGCAGGUCAUGCAUAACCUGCUUGUUACCAACCCUCCUUGGCUAGCCCCCAGCACAGUGAAAAAAUAUUUUACCCAGGUGUUGCAAUGUCCUCAUUGUAAAACAGGCUUGUGGCCCUUCCUCAAGACAGCCAUCAGUUACUGCCUGUCUGGUGAGCUCACCUGUCACCCACUCCCUGGACCUGCCCUGCCAACUCUGUUACAAUUCCAUAGUGACCUCCUGGCAUUUUUCCUCAAGCUCUUCCAGGGGGAACUCCAUUCUGUCAGCGCUGGUGAUUUGAUGGUGCUUGAGGGAAGCGGAGUCUCUCAGGCUUCAGCAGCAGGAUCUCUGCUGUAUGGAACCUUCUGGACUGUGUGGGAGCGCUCCACGCUGUUGUCCCAAGCUGUGAAACAACUAACCCAACUCUUGGUGUUGGCUGUCAUUGAGGACCACACUGAGAGGGACGAGAAGCAGAAGCUGCAUUUGGCGGACACCCUGCUGGACCUCCUGUCUGUGCUGGUGGAGUUCUGGUGUCAGCAGCACUUCAAACUGAACCGGAGCCUGGUGGAAAAGGGUCUAAAAGACCUAGCAGAGCAUUUUGCUGUUAUAAGCCAGGAUGUUUCUCCGUUGGGUCUGGCAGAGCUGGUUGUCAGGAUUCGCUCUACCAGACUUAAGUUGGUGAUAACAGAUGCCAUAUUCAGGAGUCUUUGCUGCAGAAAUGGAUUCACAGUUGGAGAUGAACCCCUCUCUCUCAAGAAAAUGAUGCUGUCCUACCUGCCUGCUCUGGGAGGUUUAGCUCAGAGUCCCACAGGUGCCUGUCUCAGGACCAGACCCACCUCCCACAGCUGCACUAGCCAGGGGACCGGCUGCAGUGCUCAGUGCUCUUUGCAUGAAACAAGCCUGGAGAAAGAGAACAUCCCCAGAGGUUUGAACAGAGUCAACGCAGCAGGAGAGACCCUCCUCCACAGAGCUUGCAAGAGGAACCAAGUGGAAACAGUGCUUCAGAUCCUGGCGCUUCCUGGCACAGACGUCAACGUUAAAGACCAUGCAGGCUGGACGCCUCUGCAUGAAGCGUGCAACCAUGGCAGCACUGCGUGUGUGGAGGCUUUGCUACGUCACCGCCCUGCUCCUGUGCUCAAUAGCCAGGUGGGUGGAAUCAGUCCGCUGCAUGACGCCCUGCUAAACGGACACAUGGAUAUCGCCAAACUGCUACUGAAACAUGCAGGCUCAGUUCUCCUGCAGCAGACUGAUAGAAAUGGGAAGACUGCGCUGGAUCUGAUCUCUGCAACAAGUCAGAGGGACGAGCUCCUCAACAGCGCGCAUGUCGGAGACUCAGCCCAAAGAAACCACUCGACUGAGGUCUUGAACCGUCCCCUCCUGGAGGCAGGUUCCUCUCUGCUGUCCCACCUCAUUUUCUCCUACCAGCGCGAGAGGGGCCUGCCCCGCCACUCGCAGCCCAACGACAAGUCCCACAGUCUGAGCUACACACUGGUCAGGGCUCUUGUGACACACUCCCACCAAAAGGUGACUUUGGGCUGGACAGACCAGCGGGCAGUGAGGCUGGUGGAGGAUGCAGAGACACUGUUGGAGCUCGGCAGAGGGAGUUACCUGGGGCAGAUGUCUCAGGCUGUCAAAGAGUGCACAGGGGAGAAUACACUGUUCCUGAUGGAGAUACUAGAGGAUCUAAAAUGUCGGGGGGAAGCACUAGUGGCUGAUCUGUGACACAGAAUCAGUAGACAACACACCGAAAAAGCUUAAAUUUGAAUGUGAAACCUGUGAUUGAAACUAUAAAACUAUAGUUUUAUGAUAACUAUAGUGUAGACUGGGUUUAUUUCACUUGCUUGUUUUGUGUUUUUCAAAUAGAAAAAUGUUCCUUAAAGUGCAUUUAUGUUAAUUGAGUUGCAUGUUUUUAUGGCAACACAAAAAAUUCUGUAUAGACUGUGUCUACCUCAACUUCUUGUUUUCCACAGCUACGUUGUUCAAAGAUGACAUUGUUUUUUCACUUUAAUAACUAUUAUUUAAAACAAAAAUAAAUGAAAAUAACUCACAUGCUCUGUUGUCAUGCUCAGACCAUCAAAUCAGCAGAAGUCAGAUACGCUGCACAAACGGACAGUUCGCCCCAAAAUAAAAAAUACAUAUUUUUCCUCUUA